AUGGCUGACCCUUUGAGCUGGACACCUCCUGUUGGGCCUGUUGAGGACCAUGGCCAUAUUUCAAGGAACCUUAAUAUUUCCUUGAUUGUCCUUGCGGCCGUUUUCUUUUUCCAUCGCGUUUACAUCCGUUUGGUCGCCAUGAAAAAUUGGGGAGCUGAUGAUUAUGCAGCCACAGUAGCUUUCGGCUUAUUGAUGACACUUAGCGCCUUUGAAAUAAUAGAGGUGAAACAUGGAGCUGGAAGACAUCUCGUGGAUAUCCAUCCAAAGGAUGUAGAGGCCUUCUUUUUCAAUCUGCCGACGAUGCAACUGCUUUACAUGUCCUCAUCAUAUUUUAUUAAACUUUCGAUCAUUCUAUUCCUUCUUCGAUUCCAUAACUCAAAGAUAUACAAUAGAGUCGUUUGGGUUGCGCUCGUAACGACGACAAUUCAGGCCUUGAUUAUUUUCUUUCUUUUUGCUUUCCAAUGUCGACCACCAAAGGCGUUGUGGGAUAUGAGUAUCAAGGAUAAAACAUGCAUGAGCUCUGCCGACCAAGCGAAGCUAUUUUAUGCGCAUGCUGGCAUUGGUAUCGUUGUCGACGCAUUCUGCCUUGCAGCACCACUUUUUGUCAUUUGGAAGCUUCUCAUGUUCCGUGACAUGCAGAUUCGUUUGACGGCUAUUUUUGGUGUCGGGACCUUCGCCGUUGUAUGCGCCAUAAUUCGUUUCAGUGUGAUUGUCACUAUAGAUAUGGGUAUUGACACUACAUUCAAUAUCCUCAAAGCUUCUAUAUGGACAGAUCUAGAGGUCUACAUUGGCUUCUACGUGUCAUGUUUCCCUGCUCUAUCACCAACAUUCCGAUUCUUGCGUCGAAAGAUUACCGGCCAAUCUAGCACCGGGAAGACCAGUCAAGGAAAACCGAGCAAUCCCAUUGCUCUGAGCAUGCAGCGCUCUGGUCACACGCACUCCGCCGUUCACUCUGUCUCGAUGCACGGGAAGAGUGCUAACGUCGAGAUACCCAUGUAUACAGUUUCGCAUACCAAGUCCGGUAUGAAUGAUAGCGAGGAUAACAUUGCUGCUGAUCAUGGAACCAUGUAUAAUAAUUUGGAGUUCAAGGUACACGUAGAGAAGGAGGUAUAUAGUUCUAGUAAGGCCUAA